CUUGGCUAAAUCUAUAGAACCUAUCUCGACCACCACACAGACACCGCUGGCAACGGACAGGCUUCAAUUCUCAACCACGUCUCAUGAAGUCGUUUGACUUGCUUGCUGCCUUGACAUCGUAGCGACUGCUCAUCGGCUAGAGCGUACCCAAUCCAGCUGAAAUUCCUCACUGCAUCGCUCCAAGAUACCUGCUAGCUUUGGUGGCUGCAGUACGACUAACAAACGUCGCCCUAUCAGCAAGCGUCCAAUCGCGAUCGCUCCGGCGUACCAGCUCCCAUCUUGCGCGGCCGGGCCGUUGAGAUCAAGUAGACUGAUAGAUCUCUACGCUAGAGGCUUGUCAAGAUGACGGGCCGCAUUCGGGAGGUUUGGGCCCACAAUGUGGAGAGCGAGAUGGCUGCUUUGCGGGAAGCCAUCAUCAAGUAUCCUUACGUCGCCAUGGACACUGAAUUCCCAGGCAUCGUGGCAAGACCGAUCGGAACUUUCAAAGGAUCCUCCGACUAUCACUACCAGACACUGAGAUGUAACGUGGACCUCUUGAAGCUCAUCCAGCUGGGCAUCACUCUGAGCGACGAGAACGGAGAGCUGCCACCGCCCAACGAGGUCUGCACUUGGCAGUUCAACUUCAGCUUCUCAGUCAAUGACGAUAUGUGCGCUCCUGAAUCACUUGAGCUGCUGCACAAAGCCGGACUGGACUUUGAGAGGCAUGAGAGGAUGGGCAUAGAUGUCGAGCACUUCGGCGAGCUCCUCAUCACUUCCGGCUUAGCUCUCUUCGACGAUGUCAAGUGGGUCAGCUUCCACUCGGGCUACGACUUUGGCUACUUGUUGAAGGUGGUGACCUGCUCCCCCUUGCCCUCUCAAGAGUCAGACUUCUUUACGCUGCUUAGGCUUUGGUUCCCUUGUGUAUACGACAUCAAGUAUCUCAUGAGGAGCUGCAAGACGCUCAAAGGAGGACUACAAGAUGUUGCCGACGAUCUCGGGGUCUCUAGAAUUGGCCAGCAACAUCAAGCAGGUAGUGACUCUUUGCUUACUGCGAACACAUUCUUCAAGCUGAGAAACGUCUAUUUUGACGGAGUCAUCGAUGACUCGAAGUAUCUCGGCUGUCUGUACGGCUUCAGCACUCACGCAAACCGAGCUGUGGGUAGCACGACUGCUUCUACAUCUGCUGCGAAUGCUGCUGCUGCCGGCGUCUCCAGCUCCAUACCCACCACGCCAUCUCAACACGGCCCAGAGACUGGCAUGACUCCCUCCAAAGCCCAUCCUAAUGCUUCUGACAGGCGAGACUUCUCCAAGACGCCCAUGGGAACAUUGGGAGGUGAGAGGUAAAUUCUCCCAGUCACCUCGACUCUCAGCGCCUACAGUCAGACAGCACAUCGCCUCGCACCUGCAUGUAUUCUAGUCAUCUUUUGGAUCAAUGAGAAUAACAGCCGCUUCGAGCUUCAAAG